AGAAAGAAAGAAAAGAUUGCGGCGCCAUAAACACACUCCCUCUCAGUCCCACACCACCUUUUACACCUUCACUCUCCACUCAAAACCCUAACAUCGAUUCAUAUGCUAUUUUCUAUUAAUUCUUCGUAAUUUUUGUCGAAUAUCUUUCCCAACAGUUUGUAUUAAUGGAGCAAAAACAGAAAGAGCAGAAAUUUUUAGUUUCAUCUGUAUCAGAGGUUUUACGUUCUUCGUAUUCUAUAGUUUUGGAAACCGAACCGGUUUUUUCUCGGUUCACUUUACAGUCCGGUUCACCUGAGCUUCGAUUUGGUCAAGGCUCAACUGACGCCAUUGUGCUUAAUCUUCAAUCUUCCCAGUUAUUCAAGCUAGGCCCUGCUGAAUCUCUAUGCAUAUCUGAAGCUUCUGAAGCCAAUAAAGAGAAAACAUAUUCAAGGGGAAUCUCCAUUCAAUUUAGAAACGAGGAGGAAAGUAGGGCCUUCCAUUGUGCAUUUGAGCAAUGGAAGAAGGAAGUGGUUGUUCAAGAAUGUCCUUUGACAAAUGGAGCAAUAUCAACUUCGAAAAGCAAAUUUGAUGACAAAAUAGAGUCAUCUUCUGCCAAAAUGUACUUUCACUACUAUGGGCAGCUAUUGCAUCAGCAGAAUAUGUUGCAGGAUUUUGUAAGGACAGGAACCUAUUAUUCUGCUGUAAUUGAGAACCGUGCCGAUUUUCUUGGUCGCAUAGUGGUUGAUGUUGGUGCUGGUAGUGGCAUUUUGUCAUUAUUUGCUGCUCAGGCUGGUGCAAAGCAUGUUUAUGCCAUAGAGGCUUCUGAAAUGGCCGAAUAUGCAAGAAAACUUAUUGCUGGAAAUCCAUCACUGAAUGAAAGAAUUACAGUAAUCAAAGGAAAGGUUGAAGAUGUAGAGUUACCUGAGAAAGCUGAUAUUUUGAUCUCUGAGCCAAUGGGUACUUUGUUGGUUAAUGAAAGAAUGUUGGAGUCCUAUGUGAUUGCAAGAGACCGAUUUCUUGUUCAAAAUGGAAAAAUGUUUCCUGGUGUCGGAAGAAUACACAUGGCACCAUUUAGUGACGAAUAUUUGUAUAUGGAAAUAGCAAAUAAGGCGACCUUUUGGCAGCAACAAAACUACUUUGGGGUUGACUUGACACCUUUGCACGGAUCUGCUUACCAAGGAUACUUUUCUCAGCCAGUUGUUGAUGCUUUUGAUCCUAGGUUAUUGGUAGCUCCUGCAGUGUCCCAUGUGAUAAACUUCAAUUCUGUAAAGGAAGAAGAUUUAUAUGAAAUUGACAUCCCGUUGAGAUUUCUCUCUUCUGUUAGCACUAGAAUUCAUGGGCUGGCUUGCUGGUUUGAUGUACUUUUUAAUGGAAGCACUGUGCAAAGGUGGCUGACCACUGCUCCGGGUGCAGCAACAACUCAUUGGUAUCAGCUUCGGUGUGUCUUACCACAACCACUUUAUGUCAUGCCGGGACAGGAGAUAACUGGUCGGCUUCACCUAGUUGCCCAUAAGGCACAAAGUUAUACCAUUUACUUAACAUUGUCAGCUCUUGUUGGAGAUAUGCUCCAAACGUCAUCUGUUAAACUUGAUCUGAAGGAACCGUAUUACCGGAUGUCCCAGCCCCAGGCAUAUUCAUUAGCACAAGAUCAACAACCUAAUCAGCUAUUACAAACACAGGACAUAGAAUUACCAUCUCGAGAUGAAGAUGGCUCAAUCCUGAUGCAACCACCCUCCCCAAAUUCAGGCGCUGAGCUACAUUCACUCUGAUAUUAAAAUCCAACUAUGUGGAUAUGCAUGUCGACGCUCUCUUGUAUGUGUAACAUUAUAAAUGUCUUGGCUAAGCUAUGGUCCAAGUUCUAACUUGAAUAAUUUACCAUUUACAUCUUCAAUUGACAUUACAGACUGCAUGUUGAAUGCUUCCAUAUUAAACUUCAUAUAUGUGGCUAUUUGAGCUGUGCAGUAGUAUAUA